AUGCUCCGUUCUUCAUUUAGACUGUCCUCAUGGAGGCUAUCUGGCUCCUCACACAGGUAUUUUCAAACAACGACGCUAUUGGGCAGAUAUAAGACAUGGAAUCAGCUAUCAAAUGAUGACAAGAGAACCUUUGUACAAACUUACGUGGAUUUUUACAAGGAAAAGCACCCAUGCAGCAAGAGUAAUGUUAUGUACAGAUCGCUGACAGAGGGUAUGGAUGAGCAUGAUGAUGUUCCAUAUGUCUUUGGGAUCAUCUAUAAUGAGGUAAGAUCUGUCACUCUCGGGGAAUCCACUGACAAUAAGCGUGGUCAAGGCAUACUGGGUGAUCCUAGUCUAGAGAGUUUGUUAAUCAAAUGA